CGUGACUCUGUUCCAGAUCCGCCAGACAACAGUUCUCCUGCUCCGACCGCUGGACUGCACGAGAUGUCUGUUCAGAUCAGCUCUGUGAGGGACUCUGGACGACGUCUUGGACAGGGUGAAGCUGCCACUGUGGGAGGCCUCAAACCUCUACACCGCUUCCUGAAGGGCCAGCCCAAGAUCACCGGCAUCGUUGUGCUGAUCAUUGGUUCAUCUUUAUUAUGUGUUAAUUUUGCUGCGCUUGCACUUAAUGAAACGGAAGACAAAUGGUUCCCGGUCCUACCCAGUCUCACGCACAGUGGAUUGUUAAUGGCAUGUGGGAUUCUGUAUAUUGUGACGGAGAAAAACCCCACCAAGAGAACUGUGACCAUAUCGCUGGCUCUGAGCGUCAUAUCUGUACCAAGCAUGAUCUGGGUCAUCCUGAUGUCUGUGCCUAACUUUCACAGUUAUCACUACCUGAAUGAUUAUGAAUAUUUUGACAACUACACAAAUCCAUCACUCAAUUAUCACAUGGUCGGAGCGGUUCUGGGAACUGUCGAAACAUUCAAUCAUAUAGUUGGAGGAAUUACUUGUCUGGUCAUGUCAGUCCUGGCUGGAGCUGCCCUGCGGUCCACAAAAAGUCUGGCCAUUGUAUUGAUGACUGCCACGGCACCUGAGGCACCCAUUGACUAGGGAACAAAAGAGGAAAGGCUGGAGUGAGAUAGAACCAUCUAUGUGAUCAUCGUCUAUAAUUUACCAACCUAUGAUCACACAGGGGGAACAGUGGGACUGCCAAGAAGCCAACAGGCUUACACACUUGGUGGGUGGCCAGUUCCGAUGUACUGGAUAUAAACCAAAAUAUAUUGCAAAUGAAGAUACAAAAACACAUAUAAUGUAAAUCAAUUGUCAGUGUUAUGUAUUAUGUAUUUGUAUUGAUUUGAGCUGAUUGUGGACCACCCCCCCCCCCCCCCCCCCCCCCCCCCCCCCGAUCUGUCUCUAUAGUGCGUUUGUGCUUUAUUGCUUGUUGUCAAAAACGGCAUAUGUUGGCUUUAAAAUGCCAGUCGCAAAAAAUUUACCUUGGUUUUCUUGUCAGCCAUUUUUUUAGACUAUUAUUAACUAAACCAUUAAUUAAGCUAUUAACCUAAGGAAAAUUGCUCUAACUUUGUUGUCUUUGUUAUAAUUCAGAUAAAUGAAAGCCCAAAAUAUAUAUAUUUUUUUUAUUUUAGACCUCUGAAUUUCUGCCUCUGUCUUUCUUUCUUUAGUAAAACUGUGAUUUUCAAUCAAUGUUGAUUAGACUGAUGAUAAAGAACCAAUUAAUUACCAAGCCCUAGAUUAUUGACCAGAUAUCUCCAUGGAUGUGUGUCUUUAACACAUGCAACAGAACCCAAACCACUUCACUGUUAUAAUCCUAUCAGUUAUUUAUAACUAAUUAUAAAAACUAUUCUUAACUCCUGACUUUAUUGGGCAGUUUUCAAUGCUUUAACACAAUAAAGCCCUUUUUCACCGAUGAGACAGAGCAUACAUGGACCUUCAUACCCUUGACAUUUUUCCCACCUUCUGCUCAUGUUUCACUGUGGAGGUUUGGCACUGGGCUCUGACACCCGUCGCACUGUCCUCAUGUAGAGGGGACAGUAUGUGAGAUAUAUCAGUCAUGAAUACCCCUGCACAGGCACUGUGGUGUCAUGUAUGAUGGAAUUUUGUGCUGGAUGAACACUGGUACUCAAUGUACCGUGAGAUACUUGGGAUUAAGAAAUCUAUAUGACGGUCAAAUAGCUGUCAACACUGAGUUGAAGUGCAAAUGGGAUCAAAGCACGUAUGAGAGCUCCAUGAUUCUUUUUGCAGAACAAAAUUGUGCACGAGUGUUUGUAAAUGCACAAGUCAGGAAUUAUUGUGUCCAACUAUUGGGAGUCAUUCAUCUUAGAUACCUGCUUAAUCCUAGUGUGGGUCUCUGUAGCAAUUUCUCGUUGGUUGUUGUCUGGAGGAGUCUUACGUGAACAGAUCAACAAAGAAACAGACAACCGUCGAUAAUUAACCCAUGGACUCUCACAGGGAAAGAGAGAACAAUCAAAUGGCACACAGAAAAGAUCCCAUGGCUAGCAGGUUUGAAUUUGCUGUGUUCUUUCUCUGAUGUGAAAACUUUACACAUUACUGCUAAUAUGGAUGUGAUAUCACUUUCACUCCAGUUAGUGGUCCAAGAAGAGACUGAUAGAAAUCCAU